UGUGUGUGUUUGUUUGUGCUGACAGGUUUCCUGUGGUCGGAGUGGAUUACUGACUUCAGUAAGGAGAGAGAACACCACUUCAGGUUAUAAAUUCUGUGGCAGUGAUUUCACUGCAUAAACCAGUGGAUCAUUCCAAGACUUUUCCGCCUCCUCCUCCGCCUCCUCCACUUAAUCAAUGAGUGCGUUGUGUGAAUUCUCAGGUGUUUGGACAUCUUAUUAAAAAAAAGUCCAAAUCUCCCAACAAACAAUGCCACUUUGACAAAACCAAAACCAGCUGAGUCACUGUACCUGAGGAACACUCAUCACCCCCCCUGCCUCCCACCAAAAGUUUGACCUCAGAGAUCCAGCUGUGCUCCGUUUAUGACCCCCCUCUCUGAAUCCUUCACUAUUCAGCAUUUCACGUUACUAUUGGAAGAAACCCAAUGUCUGCCUCCUCUCCCCCGUCCUUACCUCGAGCCUUCCUCCACUCUCUCCAUCCACACCAUCCGUCGUCGCCAACCCUGCCAGGACCGCUCUACACGCGGCUGUCCAACGGCAGUCACAGUGCCCCCAGUCCCACCAACUCCGGCGGCUCCUUCCAUGGGGUCUCCUUCCUCCUGCAGAUCGGACUGACCAGAGAGACGGUGAACCUGGAGGCUAGCGACCUGUCGUUGUCCGCUGUGAAGGACCUGGUGUGUUCCAUAGUGGACCAGAAGUUUCCAGAGUGUGGCUUCUUCGGGAUGUACGACAAGAUCCUCCUGUUUCGUCACGACCUUAACGAUGAGAACAUCCUGCAGAGGUUGACCUCAGCAGAAGACAUCCAUGAAGGAGACCUCAUUGAAGUGGUCCUCUCAGCUCAAGCGACGGUUGAAGACUUCCAGAUCCGACCUCAUGCUCUUUUUGUCCACUCCUACAAGGCCCCCACCUUCUGUGAUUACUGUGGGGAGAUGCUGUGGGGUCUGGUGCGGCAGGGGCUCAAAUGUGAAGGAUGUGGGUUGAACUACCACAAGCGAUGUGCUUUCAAGAUUCCAAACAACUGCACCGGUGUGAGGAAGAGACGACUGUCCAAUGUCUCACUGCCCGUACCCUCUCUCUCCGUACCGCGGCCGGUACCGGUCGAGAACGCCGUGGUCGUCCCGGAUGAGGGACAGAGGUCCCAUCAGGAGGCCGGGAAGCGGAUCCUGUCCUGGAGCGGUCGGCCCAUCUGGAUGGAGAAGAUGGUUUUGGGCCGGGUUAAGGUGCCGCACACCUUCGCCAUCCACACCUACACCCGGCCCACCAUCUGUCAGUACUGCAAGCGUCUGCUCAAGGGUAUCUUUCGUCAGGGCAUGCAGUGUAAAGACUGCAGGUUCAACUGUCAUAAGCGAUGUGCUUCCAAGGUACCGAGAGACUGUUUAGGGGAGGUGGACUUUAAUGGAGAACCCGCCAGUCCAGGUCCAGAUUCAGACACUACUAUGGACACAAUGGAGGUGGACAGCAACGACAUGGACGGCGGUCGAGGACUGGACGACCCGGAGGAACCGUCAACACCGGACGAGAGGAUGUUUGACUUGGACUCUCCCUUCUUGGACAGGGAGAAGGAUGAAGAGCCCAUCAAGACCAUUAGUCCUUCCACCAGCAGCAACAUCCCUCUGAUGCGGGUGGUCCAGUCCAUUAAACACACUAAGAGGCGGAGCUCCACUGUGGUGAAGGAGGGCUGGAUGGUACAUUACACCAGCAGGGACAACCUGCGCAAGAGACAUUACUGGAGGCUGGACAGCAAGAGUCUGAGUCUGUUCCAGAACGACACUGGAGCCAAGUUCUAUAAAGAAAUCCCUCUGUCUGAGAUCCUGCAGGUAGAACCUUCCAGAGACUUCAGUAAUCUGGCCCAAGGCAGCAACCCUCACUGCUUCGAGAUCAUCACGGCCACAAUGGUCUACUACGUGGGGGAGAACAACUGCAGCCACUACCACAACCCAGCCCUGGCUGCGUCAGGCGUGGGCAUGGACGUGGCCCAGGGCUGGGAGAAGGCCAUCAGACAGGCCCUGAUGCCCGUCACCCCCCAGGCCAGUGUAGCCAGUGCUGCGGGACAAGGCAAAGAUCACAAAGAGCUGUCCAUCAGCAUAUCUGUGUCCAACUGUCAGAUCCAGGAGAAUGUGGACAUUGCCUCUGUGUACCAAAUAUUUUCUGAUGAGGUGCUGGGAUCUGGUCAGUUUGGCAUCGUGUACGGAGGGAAACACAGAAAGAGCGGCAGAGACGUGGCCAUCAAGGUGAUUGACAAGAUGAGAUUUCCUACCAAGCAGGAGAGUCAGCUAAGAAACGAAGUGGCCAUACUACAGAAUCUGCACCACCCUGGGAUCGUCAACCUGGAGUGCAUGUUCGAGACUCCAGAACGGGUCUUUGUUGUGAUGGAGAAGCUUCAUUUCCGACAGAUUCUCGUGGCUCUCAGACAUCUGCACUUCAAAAACAUCGUUCAUUGUGACUUGAAGCCUGAGAACGUACUACUGGCCUCGGCGGAGCCGUUUCCUCAGGUCAAACUCUGUGACUUUGGCUUCGCCCGCAUCAUUGGCGAGAAGUCGUUUCGCCGGUCCGUGGUGGGCACCCCGGCGUACCUGGCUCCGGAGGUGCUCCGCAGUAAAGGCUACAACCGUUCCUUGGACAUGUGGUCCGUGGGAGUCAUCGUGUACGUCAGCCUGAGUGGGACGUUCCCCUUCAACGAGGACGAGGACAUCAACGAUCAGAUCAAGAAUGCUGCCUUCAUGUACCCGCCCACGCCCUGGAAGGACAUCUCCAUAGAGGCCAGAGAUCUGAUCAACAACCUUCUCCAGGUGAAGAUGAGGAAGAGGUACAGCGUGGACAAGUGUCUCAGCCACCCCUGGUUACAGGACUACCAGACUUGGCUGGACCUCAGGGAGUUCGAGACGCGUCGGGGAGAGCGCUACAUCACCCACGAGAGCGACGACGCGCGGUGGGAGGAGUACGCCGAUGAGCACAGCCUUGUUUACCCCAAACACUUCAUCAUGGCUCCCAACCUUGACGACAUGGAGGAGGAUCCUUAGGAGCUGAGAGAAACCUGAAGGUUGGGUUAUUUUACAGGGACUUGUGGCAUGGAGCUUUUCGAAGCAGCAGAUUUCCCCUCCAGGACUGGUUGUCGUGGUGACGGAGAGGGACGGCGAUCUGAUGCUGCGGAGCUGGGGAAGGACACAGAAUGCUCGCUUGAUGCAACGCUUCAAGCGGCAGGCAGGUGGAGACACAGGAACGCAUUAAAAGACUGCGAGGAGAGAGGGACCUUCUCCUUUUUGCACAAUGUUCAAACAUUCCACGGACUUUCUCUCUAGAACAAUCCCAAUACUCCAGGUGAACUCCAGGUGACGCGAGCAAGGAAGACUCUCGGUUCUUUUGGGGGGAGAGACGGGAGUGACGAGAGUGAGAUCUGCUCCCAGGAGUAAAGGGCAGUUUUUACAAGGGAUUUGGCAAGCCUGAGAAUCAAACUAGCGCCCGUUUGUUCUCAUUUCCCCCCCGGCCGUUUGUGAGACAGUCCGCCGGCAUGAAACUGGAACUCGCUCAUGUAUUUCUUAUGUUCUGUUCUAAUGUAUGUAGUAACUGUGGUAGGUUUUGCACUACUACCACUUUACCACCUAACAACGUCAGCUGGAGGGUAUUAACUCCCGGCACAGAAGUCGACCAAGUUUCCACUGACAGAUCGCAGGUAUCAGGUAUUUCCAGCUCUUACGAAAGAAUCUGUGCAGUGACUUCCAAUAAAGUGAAGGGUUUUUGUUUUUUUAAGUUUGUCAAAAAAACUGUUGGCCUACGCUAACCCCUCAUGUCAACAAAACUGUUCCUUUUUUUUGUUUGUUUGUUUCUGACUUUUUAUCUCAAUCCUUUGUUCUGUUAGAAAAAUAAAACGUCAAAGAAUUGGAGUUUGCUUGAUGACAUUAAAAGGGUUAAACAGA